AUGCCCGGUGUCUCCGCGUCCGCGGCGAUGUUCCGAACGACGACUCACCGCUCUCUGCCCGCGAAACGGACCGAGCGCGCCGCGAGUGGACGAAACUCACUCGCGAAACGCGUUCGGAAAGUUCAAGCCACCGCCGUGGGAUCGCCCGUCGACGCCGAUUACGGCGCGCGUUUCCCUCCCAAACGCGACGACAGACGCGCUGGUGUGAUCAUGCAUCCCACGUCCCUUCCCGGCGCGUACGGCGUCGGCGACGCCGGGCCCGAGGCGCGGGCGUUCGUGGACUGGUUACAAAAGGCGAGGAUGCGGAUUUGGCAGGUGUUGCCGCUCGUACCGCCGGGACGACCGAUUCCGGGCGUGCGAGAGGAUUACUGGAGCCCGUACAGCGGGCGAGACGCGCACUGUGGGAAUACGUUAAUGAUUUCGCUGGAUGAUUUGGUGCGCGAUGGGUUGUUACGAGCGGAGGAAUUGCCCAAAGCGUACGGAAAGACGAAGGUGGAAUUCGGAGCUGUGGCGGCGACGAACGAACCGCUCAUCGCAAAGGCGGCGGAGCGGUUGUUAGCGAUGCCUCGUGGUGAGGGUCUGCGGGGGGAGUACGAUGCAUUCUGCGCGAGGGAGGACGUGCGGGCUUGGUUAGAUCCGGCGGCGGUGUUCGACGCGAUCGACACCACGCCGGCGCUCAUCGGGAAGUAUUGGUGGGAUUGGCCGGUGGAGUAUCGCGAUCGGGAUCCGAGCGCACUCGCGGCGAUUGAACGCGAUCGAGCGGAUUCAAUCGAGCUCUUCAAGGCGGUGCAGUUCUUGUUUCACUUGCAGUGGAUGAGGUUGAAGAAGUACGCGAACGAAAGAGGGGUCUCGCUCAUUGGAGAUAUGCCGAUUUAUGUCGGUGGCCACAGCGCCGACGUGUGGGCCAACCAAAAUUUAUUUCUUCUUGGAGAGGACAAGAAGCCGUCCGCGUUGGCCGGGGUGCCCCCGGACGCGUUCUCGGAGGACGGGCAGCUGUGGGGUAAUCCUCUGUUCGCGUGGCAAGAGCAUUCGCGCACAGACUACGCGUGGUGGGCGCAAAGACUAAAGCGCACUCUCGAGCUUCACGACGAGGUUCGCAUAGACCACUUCCGCGCAUUCGCAGCGUAUUGGGAGGUCGAAGCCGGUGCGCCGACGGCCAAGAGUGGUCGGUGGAUCACCGGUCCGGGGAUCGAAAUGUUCGAGAGGCUCAAACCCGCGCUCGGUGACGCUAAGAUUGUCGCCGAGGACCUGGGCGUGAUCACCGCCGACGUCGUCGCGCUCCGUGAGGCGUGCGGAUUCCCGGGCAUGGUAGUCCUACAAUUCGCUUGGGGUGGUGACGGUCGUAACCCACACUUGCCGCACAACCACUACGAGAACUCGUUCUGCUAUCCAGGCACGCACGACAACGAGACGUCUCAAGGUUGGUACAUGUCACAGGAUGAGGACACCAAGCGACGACUCGAUGCGUACGCAGGUGUCGGCUACGGCGACGGUGCGUGGGGGAUGAUCAAGGCCGGGAUGUCCAGCGUCAGUAAAGCGUGCGUUUUCACCAUGCAAGACGUCCUCGCUCUCGGGAACGAGGCGCGCAUGAACACCCCAGGCGUCGCCGACGGCAACUGGGCCUGGCGUAUAGGUGAGCCCGGCGUCUUCGCCACGCUCGACGCCGAGGCCGACAAGCUCGCGAGUUUAGCCACCGUGUACGACCGUGUCGCCGUUGUGGACGAUAGUUCCAUGCGCGAUGCGUGCAUCGCAAUCGCCGGGAAGGGCCGAGGCGGUCUCUUUGGCCUCGGCGUCUGGUUCCUCUAA